AUGGUAUUCUUAUGGUUCACAUUACUAAUAAUAUCUCAUGCUGAAGUUGAAGAGCUUUCUGUUGAUGAUUUGGAAAGAUAUAUGGACCAUAGUCAAAUUACUAUUGUCAAGUACUAUCUCCCUACAUGUCCAGCUUGCAAGAUGUUUGGUCCAAAAUACUCUGAAGCCUCCGAAUUCUUCAAACAUAACGAAAUCAAGUUUGGCCAGUUCAAUUGUGCACCACAGGAAAGAACCGCCAUAUGUCGAAAGGAAAUCUAUCAAACAUUUCCCACUGUUAAGAUAUACUUAGAGAGAGUGAACAAGAGUGUUUUGUUCGAGAAGGACUCGCCGAAAGAAAUUGUUGAUUUUGUCCUCGAUAAUUUGGUCGCCCCAAAGACACCAAAAGUCGUCAAUUUGACAUCUUCAAACUUUGACAAAAUUGUCUUCGACAAGACUCAAACGGUUUUUGUCUUGUUUUAUAUGAAUUGGUGCUCCCAUUGUCAAGCCUUUCAACCCAAAUUUGAAGAGUUAAGUGGCGUGUUUUCCAACGUCAAAGAUUUGGUGUUUGGGCAAGUCGACUGCGAGGAACAAAUCGACAUUUGCAAAAAGUUUCUUGUUCUUGACUUCCCAAAUCUCGUCUUUUUCGACAAGAAGAAUAAGGAAACUACUUACAGUCCAUCGAAGAGUAAAGAAGUCGUCGCACUCACACAGUUCAUUAACAAAAAAUUUAACUACACCGUCAACUACAUCAGUGCAAAGUACAACGUUACACGCGGAAGGUCUAAAGAACUCGACGUCUUUGCUAAAGACUUUUUGAGCAAAGACAACCAAAACGAGAUCAUUGAGAAAGUCGAGAAAUUGGAAGGUGGUGAAAUCUAUGUCAAUAUCAUGAAACGGCUCCAAAAGGAGGGUAACGGGUAUAUAGAAAAGGAAAACGAAAGAAUUAUUAAACUUAUCAAUGACAACCAAAUCCAACUCAAACAACUCGAGAAACUCCAAAUAAAGUUCGCUGUCCUCCAAGCGUUCUAA